AUGGCGUAUUUGAAAGAUGCAGAAGUGACAUCCAAAAGAAGAAUUGCUAUUAUUGUGGUUUCUGGGUUUUUCUUGGUAUCAAUGGUGGUGGCAUUGACUGUUGGUGCUGGCAUAGACAAGGGUUUCCACCUAAACCCAUUCUCUGACAAGAGAGGCAGUUCCACUGACAAGUCUGCUUCAACAAAAGCCAUCAAGGCCAUUUGCCAGCCCACUGAUUACAAGCAAGAAUGUCUCAGUAGCCUCAACUCUGCAGCUGGAAACACCACCGACCCGAUACAGCUGAUCAAGAUUGGCUUCCAGGCUGCAAUGAAGCAAAUCUAUGAGGCUACCAAAAAAUCCUAUCUCUUGCAGAAGCUUGAGAAGGACCCCAGAACCUCCAUGGCCCUUGACACCUGCAAAGAGCUCAUGGAAUUGGCUGUUGAUGAGCUCAAGCAAUCUUUUAACAGACUAGGGGACACUGAGAACUUCUACAAAUAUAAAACAUUCAUCAUGGAUUUGAAGGUUUGGCUGAGUGCCAGCAUCACAUACCAAGAGAGCUGCUUGGAUGCCUUUGAGAACACUACUAGCUCUACUGAUGCAGGGGAGGAGAUGAAGACUCUAUUGAAGACCUCUAUGCGUUUGAGCAGCAAUGGCCUUGCCAUGGUCUCCCAAAUCUUUUCAGCCCUCACUGACUUAAACAAUCCUGACCCAAGCCGCGGCCGCCGCCUCCUUUCGUUUGAUGGCCUCCCAAUUCUUGGUCACGGGGAUCUCGAACUCCCCGAGUGGUAUGAAGCUGGAGUCAGAAAACUCCUCACAAUCAGCAAUGCUCCAGCUCCCAAGGCUAAUAAGCCCGACGCCAUUGUUUCCAAGGAUAGAAGUGGGAGCUACAAGACCAUAUGUGAGGCGCUAGAACAUGUGCCCAAAUAUGGCAAUGAGACCUUUGUCAUCUACAUCAAGGAAGGAGUCUACAAUGAAUCUGUCCGAGUUAACAGGAGCAUGACCAAUGUGAUGAUGAUAGGAGAUGGCGCUAAUAAGACCAGGAUCACUGGAAACCAUAAUUUUGUUGAUGGCACGCCCACCUACCGUACUGCCACUGUUGCUAUCUACGGAGACCACUUCAUGGCAAUGGAUAUUGGUUUUGAGAACUCUGCUGGUCCAGAGAAACAUCAGGCUGUUGCAUUGAGGGUGAGCGCUGAUGAGGCCAUCUUCUACAAGUGCUCAAUGGAUGGGUACCAAGACACACUUUACACGCAUACUCACCGCCAAUUCUACCGCGACUGCACCAUCUCCGGCACCAUAGACUUUGUCUUUGGUGAUGCUGCAGCAAUCUUCCAAAACUGCACUUUCGUGGUCCGCAAGCCAUUGCCAGACCAGUCUUGCAUUGUGACAGCUCAAGGCAGGAAAGAAAGGCGCCAGCCAUCUGCAAUUGUCAUCCAGAACAGCACCAUCACCGCUAAUCCCGACUACUUCCCUGUCAAGAAUGUGAACAAGGCAUAUCUUGGCCGUCCAUGGAAGGAAUAUUCGAGGACCAUCAUCAUGGAAUCAUACAUUGAUGAUAUGAUUCAACCAGAAGGUUGGUUGCCUUGGGCGGGUCAAUGGGGGCUCAGGACAUGCUUCUACACAGAAUUUGGCAACACAGGCCCUGCCGCUAACAAGGCAAGGCGUGUGACAUGGCAGGGGAUCAAGCAGAUUACCCGGAGACGUGCAGCACAAUUCACACCUGGGAAGUUCUUUAGGGGUGAUGAGUGGAUUAAGCUCUCCGGAGUUCCUUACGUCCCAGGCCUUACCACUAAUCGGCGGUCAAAAAAUGCAACCACAACUAGAUCGGUUUUGAGAGGCUUCUGA